UCAACCAAUACAGAUGCUGGCUCGGUAUUGGCCAAAUAAGAUCCAUGUGACACGGAAGUGCUGUUGCCUUCACCACAGCAAGUGCUGAAGAUGGCACCUCGCAGCUCUAUUGCCUUUCUACUAGCCUUUGCUGCUCUUUGUAGUUUGCAACUUUGCGAAGUUUCCGACGAUCUUGACCAGACAAAGAGCGAACCAGAACCCUUUACCGAGCCUAAUCAAGUUCCUGUUGAUGAGAAGUUAGAGAAACCGGGCGAGGUGCCUCCCAUCGUCUCCUAUAGUGAUCCCAUUGAGGAGUCGCACGAUGACAAGCAGUGGCAAGCUACGGAAGAAGAGGCAAUCGCCAAACCCGAACCAGACGAGGAGAUUGCACCUCUUUCGACGUUCAAAGACGACUUUAAAGAAGAGUUAGUGCUCAGGCCUUUGCAUUCGGGGGACAUCUACGCAAGCUUUCAGUUUCGCACUCUCUGGGAUACAGAUUUUCUCCAAGGCAAAAGAGUUUCCCACUAUCAUCUCUUCCCAAAGUCUCUGGGCCAGGUCAUAUCUAAGUUCUCUGUGCGAGAGCUCCACAUCUCUUUCACCCAGGGCUACUGGAGGACCAUGCAGUGGGGACAGCCUUACCUGCCCUCUCCUCCAGGGGCAGAGCUCUGGGUGUGGUUCCAGGACACGGUCACUGAUGUUGAUGGUGCAUGGAAAGAACUGACCAAUGUCCUGUCAGGGAUUUUCUGUGCCUCGUUGAAUUUCAUCGACUCGACCAACACUGUGCACCCCAGCGCCUCUUUUAAACCUCUAGGUCUCGGGAAUGUUACAGACCCUCGUUUCCUCCGCUAUGCGAUGCUGCCUCGUGAGAUUGUCUGCACAGAGAAUCUCACACCCUGGAAGAAGCUUCUUCCAUGCGGCACCAAGGCCGGUCUGGCGGUUUUGAUGAAGUCAGAAAAGCUCUUCCACAGCAGCUUCCACUCCGAAGCAGUGCACAUCCGCCCCGUGUGCCAGGACGUUGACUGUAAGGCCCCGUCAUGGGAGCUGAGACAGACGCUGAACGUGGUGUUUGAUGUGCACACCUCAGGGCAAGGGAAAAAAGAGUGGUCCCUGUUCAAGAUGUUCUCCCGCACCUUGACAGAAGCCUGUCCUCUUGCGUCCUCAAGUAAAGUCUACGUGGAUGUCACUGAUAACCCUCAGGGGGAGCUGUUUGAGCUGCUACCAGCCUCUCCCCUUCUUACCCAAGCUGUGGUGCUUGGAGACAGAAGGACCUACUCCGUGUAUGACCUGACCAAUAAAGACACCUUUGGGAGCACUCGAUCUCUUAACCUGCUGGUGCGCUGGAAAGCAGACAGUGGUGAGAUGGUGCGUCCUCUGCUGCACAGCGAGCGCUAUGUGGCCGGCUUUGGCCUGCAGACGGGGGAGAUCCACACGCUCAUCUAUAACUACCACCCGUACCGGGCUUUCCCUGUCCUGCUGCUGGAGACGGUGCCCUGGUACCUCCGCCUGUACAUCCACACGCUGACCGUCACCAGCAAGAACAAGGAGAACAAGCCCAGUUACAUUCACUACCAACCGUCUAAGGACCGGCUGCGGCCACACCUCCUGGAGAUGAUGGUGCAGCUGCCGCCCAACUCUGUGACCGAGGUCACCGUGCAGUUUGAAAGGGCCCUGCUCAAGUGGACUGAGUACACACCUGACCCCAACCAUGGCUUCUACGUCGGGUCCUCGGUAAUCAGUGCCCUUGUGCCAAGUAUGGUAGCCAUGGAUACCAACAACACCCAGGAGCAGCCUCUCUUCAGCAGCUUCUUCCCCUGCAAAGAGGAGUCCAGCUACUUUGUCCGCAUCUACACCGAGCCCUUGCUGGUCAACCUGCCCACGCCGGACUUCAGCAUGCCCUACAACGUCAUCUGUCUCACCUGCACCGUCGUGGCCGUGGGCUACGGCUCCUUCUACAACCUCCUGACUCGUACCUUCCAGGUGGAGGAGCCCAGUCCGGGCUUGGCCAAGCGCCUGGCCAACGUCAUCCGCAGGUGGAGGGGUGUCCCAGAGCUCUGAGCAGUCGGCGGGGCCAAAAGCAACAGCAGUUCUCCUCGAAAGUAUGCAGCACGGAGCCGGGGGGGCCAGACGCUCUGCGGCUGAACUCUGUGAUUAAUGACAGAAGAACCUUGAGGAGCUGAAACCGCACGCUGGGUGUUUUUAGAGGAAUAUAAGCACGGGAUUGUGGAUAAUGUAGGAUUUUUUUGUUGACGGAGAACUUUCAACGAUAACGGGUAAAGAUGUCUGGCCUGCUGUGGGAGUGGUUUUUUGCCUUGUUUUGAUGCACUAUUGUUUGUUUGGUACAGACAUGACACGUUCUUUUUUUUGUUUUUUUUUAUCUGGUGGAAAUUCUGGAAGCACAGGCAAAACAUAUGGGCCGUCCAGGGUGAUCUCCAGACACUCACAUGGACAGUUCAUUACUGAUGAUGUGUGCUGGAUGCCUGCUAUCAUAUAGUGCUUGACUACUUAUGAAAUAUGUUCCACACAAGUUCGCACUGUUUUUUUUUUGUUUGUCUAAGAUGAAAAUGAGUGAAUAGAUUUAUUUGUUUAUAUUGUAUUUAGCUGCCGUUCUUUAAAAAUGAAAUGACCCUUCUUAUUUAUUUGCGUUUACAUUCACCUUCAACUAAGGAAGCGGAGGUGACGUACACUUUAACUCCUCUCAGUCUGCACAGACACAGCAAGUGGACUCUUCAACUCUGUCUGCAAGGAACGUUAUGUACUCUAACCUUACUCACGAUCCUCUUAACAUCCCGUCAAAGGCUUUGUAUAACUUUUGACAUUCUUAAAAAAACAACAAACUAUAACCGGGCUUAAAAUAUACAGUUCAGGGUGAAUAAGCAAACACAGCAAUUUAGUUCAGUUUUCUCUGGCAUUUAAAAUCAUUUAUUUUGGGAGUGAAGUACCCAUUUGUCGAAAAAUUUGGCAGUGACUGGUUGGAUGAUGUUAUAGUCUGGCUAUUCAGUCUUAAUUCAUACCCUUUACUACCACAGACUUAGCAACCAGCUUGUCUUAAACCUCAUUCUAUUGUUCUUUUGACCUGAAAGCUUUGCAAAGUGAGAGAUCACGAAUUAAAGGGAAGACAUGUUUGUUUGUUUUAAUCUGAA